AUGUUUCAUAACAGUUUUACCGGACUCCGUCUAAUAGGCGAAAAUGAAUCUCUCUGGCCAAUUGAAGCAAGGAAUGCCGCAAUCGCAAACAGCUACUUCACAGUUGCAAUCAAUCGCGUGGGAACAGAAGAGUUCCCGAACGAAUUCACUAGCGGUGAUGGCAAACCAGCUCACAAGGCUUUCGGCCAUUUCUUUGGAUCUUCUUAUGUCACUGGUCCUGACGGAGUUCGAACUCCAGGUCUCGAUCGUGUUUCCGACGGUCUUCUUGUGGCUGAAGUUGAUCUAAAUCUCUGCAGACAAGUUCGUGAUCACUGGGGAUUCAGAUUGACACAAAGAAUUGACCUUUACGCCAAGAGCUUCACAAGAUAUGCUCGCAAUGCCGGUUAUGAUCUCAAGGAGUAG